GGAAAAAUUCAAUAGUGAACGAUUGAAAGAACAUGUAUAAACUAAAUCGUCAAAUUUUCUUUGACGAAAAAAUUACUUUUUAAUCUUAUUUAUCGUCUUUGAUAUUUAAAAACAUAAUGAAGCUUUAUAUAUUUUUUAUUCUAUUAGUUUGUACGCAAUUUUCGUAUAGCUAUCGACACUGGAAGAAGUAUAAUUAUUCAUCAAUAGUAUUUUCUUCACCUGAAGAAUGCGCACGGAAUUGUAGAGAUAACGAGCAGCCUAAAAAUUGUUAUUAUUCUUUUCACAUUGAAUUGUAUACAACAGUUGGGCCUGCUUGUGAUGUACCAGGAUCAAAUCAAUGUAUUCAGGCAGAUGGAAUUGAAAAGACGUUAAUACCUAUUAAUCGGCAAUUACCAGGGCCACCUAUUCAGAUUUGCUUGAACGAUCGUGUUAUAGUCGAUGUGCAGAAUGCCGCUAUGGGAUUGGAAGCGACGAUACAUUGGCAUGGAAUUUUUCAGAAUGGUUUCCAAUUUUAUGACGGUGUCCCUUACGUUACACAAUGUCCAAUUGCAUCUUCCUCCACAUUUAGAUACGAUUUCGUAGUGAAAAAUUCGGGUACACAUUUUUAUCAUUCUCACAUAUCUACACACAUGCUAGACGGACAAAUCGGUAGUUUUAUCGUCAAAGAUCCACCGUCCAAAAAUCCUCAUCGUGAUUUGUACGAUAAAGAUGAAAUAAUCAUAUUCUUGAGUGACUGGAUACACGAAUUAUCGUUCGAACGUUUCCCCGGAUAUUACAGAUAUAAUAUAUUGGGACAGGCUGCAGAAAACAUACUUAUAAACGGUUUGGGAAAUUAUACCAAUUUAAAAACCGGUGAAACUACUAACGGAAGUUUGGAAGUGUUUACAGUCAAGAAAGGGGAACGGCAUAGAAUACGGUUGAUUAACUCUUUCAGCACAGUGUGCUUGGCAGAAUUUCGAAUCGAGAAACACAAAUUAAUUAUAAUCGCUCAGGAUGGUGAAAACGUGAAACCUAAACCCGUGGAUAAAAUAGUAUCUGCUACAGGCGAGCGUGUCGAUUUUAUCCUUGUUGCAAAUCAAAGUGUGGACUCUUAUUGGAUUCAAGUGCGUGGCCUUGGCGAAUGUGCAGCAACGUUUGUACAGCAAUUGGCUAUUUUGAAAUAUGAGAACGGUCCUUCUCAACCGUCGACGCCGCUUCUUAGUUAUAACGAUACAGCAGACGGUGUUAUAUACAACGGAUUAAAUGGAACGCUGUGUAACACAAAUAUCACGGAACCUGUGCUUUGUAUCAACCAAUUGGAAAGCCUUAAAAGCGAGAGCGACCUCUUAAAAGUUGAGCCCGAUGAAAGAUAUAUAUUACCUUUUUGGUUUUUCAACUAUACUGACACUUCUAAUGAUAAAUUAUUAUUUAAUACAAGUUCAUACCGUCCGUUUUUCACCGCGAACGAUCGUUCUCAACUCCUUUCCAUGUUCAAUGAUAUCGCGUAUGAGAGUCCGGCUUCGAAUUUACUUACACAGAGCAGCUCUUACCAAGCAAUAUGCAAAAGAAAUCAACUGAGCACUUGCACCGAGCCUUGUACCUGCGCUCAAAUCAUCAAAACAAAAUUAAACAAUGUUGUGGAGCUGGUAAUGUACGACGCAAUACCGUUGACGGAUUUGGAUCAUCCGUUCCAUUUGCACGGAUUCGCGUUCCAAGUGUUCAGCGUGGGACAAUUUUCGCCCAUGAGAAACAUCUCGAGGGAAGACAUAAACGAAGUGAUAGAGGAGCACACGGAACGUCUUAGAAGGGGAGAGUAUAAAAAUCCACCCGGCAAAGAUACCGCGAAAAUUCCAAUGGGAGGCUAUGUAAUCGUACGUUUCAAAGCGGAUAAUCCAGGAUGGUGGUUACUUCAUUGUCACUUCAGUUGGCAUCAUAUUACUGGUAUGGAGCUGGUCAUUCUUGUAGGAAACAAAAAUGAUCUUCCACCGACCCCAAAGAAUUUCCCGAAAUGCGAUAAUUGGAAACCAUCAUUGCAAAUGGACGACGAUUAUUGUUUUUUCCCAAAAAUUAGAUAUACACUUAUGCCAUAAUACAAAUGUAAUACGCGAGCAAAUAAAAGUAUAAUAUUUUCAAA